AUGGCGUUAUUGGGCAUCUCUCUCAUCCUUGCAUCCGUCGUCCUUUUCUGUAUGCGGAGGCCGGCGUGGUUCUCGUCUCUCUUCGGGGGGCCGUCGCCACCCUCGAUAGAGCCGGCGCCUUCAGAAACCAAGCCUGAUGACUCCCCUGUGGACGCCGACGGCAUCGCGAGAGACGAACCAAGCCAUGCCACCAACGGUGCGAACGGAAAGGCCGCCGCGGGCCAAACCGCCAUGCCCCCGCCGCCCGUGAUCCAGCACACGGCUCCCGGACCCGACACAAGCGGCCGCUCCCCCGACGACGACGAACAAACGACACCGAAAGCUUCCGCGACCACCCUCACAACUCCCGUCCCAGCGCUAGCCCUCUCCACACCAGAGCCAACCCCCACAGUCCCCCGGAUAAACGGCCUGAGCCCAGCUGCCCCAGCCAGAGCACCCACCUCAUCUCUAAUGCCCCCUCCCCCGCGCCCACCCACCCUCCGCCCCCCAUCCUCCGGCAUCACCAGCACCCCCUCCCUGGCCCCACCACGCGGCCGACCCCUCCCCCGUCCCAGCGCGCGGACAACCCGGCUGUUCCACGCUCGCGCCGCCCCCCCACCCCACAGCAGCAAGCCGGACAAGCCGUCGCGCGCGGUCGUCCUCACGCCGGGCCACUCCCCGCUCGACUGGGCCCGCCUGUCAGGCGACCCGUCCGCCGACCUGCGCGGGCUGCCGGCGGGGUCCCCUUACCUGCGCGUGACGCCGAGCAUGCUCAAGCGCAUGACGGGCCGGCGCGGCAAGGACGCGUGGACGGUGCUGGGCGGGCGCGUGUACAACAUGACGCCGUACCUGCCGUUCCACCCGGGCGGCGAGCCCGAGCUGCUGCGGGCGGCGGCGCGGGACGGGACGCGGCUGUUUGGGGAGAUCCAUCCCGUGGGUGAAUUAUGA